GAAAAAGAAAAAAAAUGUUGAGCUAAAACUAAGCAUCUUUUGUGAGGCAGAAAAGUUCAGAAACCCCAAACCACACGGAGUCCUCUUUUCUGUGUCUGAGAGUGUCUCCUCUCUUCUUCACACUGUAGAUCUCUUGCGGGUCUGUCAGACCCAAAUCUUACACACCAAACUCCCCCACCCCCAACAAAACAAAACCACAAAUAAUAAAGAAAAAAAAAAAAAACGCCCAAAAGAAAAGAAGAAAACUUGGAAGAUAAUGCAAGGAUCUGUAGCUGAAGCAGAGCAAGAGGGUGAGGAAGUAAAGCUCAAUCCCCUCUUCGACAAUGGCAACUUCUAAGCUUACCCUUCUGAUCAUCAUCCUCUCUGUUUUCCUUUCCCCUGUCUCACAAGCUGAAUCUCCGCCAUUACUGCCAAAAAUCAAGCAGCUGCAAAAAGCGCAGAAUCAAGACGCUCAACCCUUUGUGGGAGUGAACAUUGGCAGCGAUGUCUCCAAUCUAGUAUCGCCAUCAGCUUUAGUUUCUUUCCUUCAAGUUCAGAAGAUCUCCCAUAUCCGAAUCUACGAUGCAGACCCCGACCUUCUCAAAGCUCUGGCUCGCACGAAGAUCCGCGUCAUCGUCAGCGUGCCCAACAACCAGCUCCUUGCCAUUGGCUCCUCCAACACCACGGCGGCGGCUUGGAUCGGAAAAAAUGUCGUCGCUUUCUACCCCGAGACCCUCAUCACAGCCAUUGCGGUAGGCGACGAGGUUUUGACCACAGUGCCCUCCUCUGCCCCUCUUCUUCUCCCAGCCAUUGAGGGACUCUACAGCGCAUUAGUGGCAGCAAACCUUCACACCCAGAUCAAGAUUUCGACCCCACACGCCGCCUCAAUAGUUCUUGAUCCUUUCCCACCUUCUCAAGCUUUCUUUAACCAAAGCUUGAGCUUUGUUGUCCUUCCUCUGCUUCAGUUCCUUUCGAGAACUGGGUCCCCUUUGAUGAUGAACCUUUAUCCCUACUAUGUCUUUAUGCAGAACAAAGGCGUGGUUCCUUUAGACAACUCUUUGUUCAAGCCAUUGACACCCUCUAAAGAAAUGGUUGAUCCCAACACUCUGCUCCACUACACCAACGUGCUCGAUGCUAUGAUCGACGCCGCCUAUUUCUCAAUGAAGAACUUCAAUGUCACCGACGUUCCGCUCCUCGUCACCGAGAGUGGCUGGCCUUCAAAGGGUGACUCCAAAGAGCCGUACGCCACGGUUGACAAUGCGGAUACGUAUAAUUCGAACCUGAUCAAGCAUAUUCUUGACCGCAGCGGCACCCCUUUGCGACCGGAGAUCACGUCCAGCGUGUACAUAUACGAGCUCUUCAACGAGGACCUGAGGUCUCCGCCGGUUUCGGAGGCGAAUUGGGGGUUGUUUUACGGGAAUUCGACGCCGGUGUACUUGCUUCAUGUUUCGGGAAGUGGGACUUUUCUGGCCAACGAUACGACGAACCAGACGUAUUGUGUGGUCAUGGAUGGGGUGGACUCCAAGACAUUGCAGGCGGCGUUGGAUUGGGCGUGCGGUCCCGGAAGGGCCAAUUGCUCGGAGAUUCAGCCGGGGGAGAAUUGUUAUCAGCCUAAUAAUGUGAAGAACCACGCUUCUUAUGCGUUUGAUAGCUAUUACCAGAAGGAAGGGAAGGCUGCCGGGUCCUGUGACUUCAAGGGUGUGGCUAUGAUCACCACCACUGACCCUAGUCACGGGGGCUGUAUAUAUCCUGGAAGUAAGAUGGUAACCAAUAAGACAAGACAGGUAGUGAACUCGACAGUAACAAGCGGUGCAGCCGACAGUGUAAGAUUCAUGGUCACCUUGGGCAGCUGCAGAAUAAGUGCAAUCAACAAGGGGUUACACGUUUUGGUAGUUAUAGCUUUCAAUAUUUUGUUGUUCAUUUCUUUUAUGGCUCCAUGGUGAGGUAAAAAAUAGAACAAUUUUUUGAAAUGUAAUUUAGUUUGUAAUAAUCUUUCUUAUGAUCUGGUGCUA